AUGGCUGCUUUCCUUCUACUGGGCAUUGGUUUGGGCUCCUCUUUGGCCCAGGAACAGCGUUGCAUCUCUUCCCUGUUUAGAAAACCUGGAGACUAUAUCCUGGGCGGAUUGUUCCCUUUACAAGUCCUCACCACCAACACAACGUACAGGACUUUGCCGGAUGUUUACGUGUGCGAGAGGCUCUACACCGCAGGCCUCAUUUGGGCUCUGGGGAUGAAGUUUGCUGUCGAGGAAAUCAACAACUCCACCACGCUGCUGCCGGGGAUCAAGCUCGGCUACGACAUCUACGACAACUGCAUGGAGCCCAUAGUGGCCCUCCAGCCCAGCCUGUUCUUCCUGACCAAGACGGGCACCAGCAGCGUUGGGGUUCUUUGCAACUACACCAACUACCAGACCCGAGUGCUGGCUGUCAUAGGACCGCAAAGCUCAGAGCUCUGCACUGUCACAGCGAAGCUCUUUAGCUUCUUUCUGAUCCCGCAGGUCAGCUACGGCGCCACAACAGAGAAGCUGAACAACGAGGAACUGUUCCCCUCUUUCUUCCGCACUGUGCCCAGUGACAAAAUCCAGCUGGAAGCCAUGGUAGAACUCCUGCUCUCCUUCAAGUGGAACUGGAUUGCAGUCAUAGGUAGUGAUGAUGAAUACGGCCGGGAAGGCCUCAACCUCUUGUCCUCCAUGGCGGUCAGCAAAAACAUCUGCAUUGCCUACGAGGGUCUGAUCCCGUCAGACGUAUCGAGCCCCAAUCUCGAGGAAAUGUUGGAGCCGACAAUCCAGUCGAUCAACAAAACCAACGUCAACGUCAUCAUUCUCUUUUCCAAUGACCGCCCCGUUCGGGCUCUCCUCAAACAGUGUCUUAAGCUAGGGCUGAGCAAGAAAGUGUGGCUAGCUACCGAAGCGUGGGUGAUGUCUGAGGUGGUCACCUCCCUCAAACAAGUUGACUCCAUUGGGACAGUCAUUGGUUUCAUCAUCAAGGGAGGGAAUGUCGCCAGUUUCCAAGAGUAUGUCAGCCAACUCUUAGAGUUGACCCAACAGAAGAGUUUCUGUGAGGCUUCCCAGAAGGAAGCAAACGAGGUGGGCUCCAACGUUCUGGGGCCGCAGUGCCCGCAAUGUGACCACAUUUCCCAAGAAAACAUCAGCAGCGUGCUGGAACAUCGUCAGACCUUUGCUGUGUACACCGCUGUAUACAGUGUGGCCCACGCACUCCACAAGGUUCUGGGUUGUGAAAGCGGGCAGUGUAAGAAGAAUAACAUCAAACCUUGGCAGCUUCUAGAAGAAAUGAAAACUCUCCGUUUCAGCAUCAAAAACCAGUCCUUCCAUUUUGACCAAUACCGCAGCAUCAGCAGGGGCUACGAAAUCAUUGCCUGGAGCUGGCAGGAGGGCCGGAUCCAGUACAUCUCCCUUGGACAUUUCAACGGGAACCUAAGCAUCAAUGAAUCUCUGCUUCACUUUCAUACCAAGAAUCAAAAGGAGCCAAUGUCCCAGUGCCUCACUACGUGCAAACCUGGGCAGAUCCGGCGGAUGAAAGGAUUUCACCUGUGCUGUUACGACUGCAUUGACUGCGAGGAGGGGACAUUCUGCAGCAGUACAGAGGACACGACCUGCACCCCCUGCCCCAAGUCCCAAUGGUCUCCUGAGCGCAGCUCCCAGUGUUACGACCGCAGCGAGAAGUACUUCUUCUGGUCCGAACCCCUGGCCGUGAUUUUGCUGGGCCUGUUGUUUUUGGCUUUGGUUCUCACCUGCCUAGCGGGGACGCUCUUCCUGAAGAACCUCCACACCCCUGUGGUGCAGGCCGCCGGGGGUGGCAUGUGCCUCUUGGCCCUCUUCAGCCUCGCCCUGAUGUGCGUUAGCACCACCCUGUACGUCGGGAAGCCCAGCGCCACCAUCUGCAAGCUCAACCAGCCGUUCUUUGCCCUCUGCCUCAACCUUUGCUUCUCCACCAUCUCGGUGAAAGCGUUCCAAAUUGUGUUGGUGCACGACUUUGCCAACAGCCGACGGACUUUCCUGCACUGGCUCAUUCAGAGGUGCCCCUGGGCCAUCGUGGCCCUCUGCCUCCUGGUGGAAAGCUUGUUCUGCUUCUGGUACGUCUAUGCCAGCCCUCCUAUCGUGGUCCACAACUAUACUCUCUUGCCAACUGAAGUUCUCAUUCAGUGCAAGGUCCAGUCUUGGCCCGUCUUUGCCCUGGUCCAUGGGCACAACGCCUCCUUGGCCUUCAUCUCUUUCCUCUGCACUUUCAUGGUGCAGAUGCCCGCCAAGAAGUACAACGUCGCCCGGGGCAUCACCUUCACCAUGAUCGCCUACUUUGUGGCCAUGGUCUUCUUCAUACCGACCUAUACCUCUGUGAAGCAGGAGUACCAGCCGGCUGUACUGAUGGCCGCCAUUUUGCUGUGCACACUGGGACUGCUGGCCUGCUUCUACCUGCCAAAGUGCUACAUCAUCCGGUUUAAGCCAGAAUGGAACACGAUGGACUAUUUCCAAGACUAUACUCGAGAGAGGCUGGAGGAGAAAGAUUCUCAGGAUUAGUUUUCCAAGCGUUCUGCAGACUUCUCUGCUGCAGAAGGCUUGUGGGAGAGGCAGGGAAGGAGUUUGGCUGUACUUACUUCCUGCACCUGCACCUGGACAGUUUACAAUGGGAUCUGCAGCAGAAGUGAAGUAAUGCAUCAUUGAUAUCAAUAGAGACGUUCAAAUAUAGAGAUAUAU